CUUUCUGUCUCUGUUUCAAACUCUCUUAUCCUCCCUUUUUAUAAUCCUCUUUGUCACUCUCUAUUGUUACUCUUUCUCGUCAUCAAAGUGCUCAUCGGCUCUUCCAGUGACGCUGCGCUGUCCUCCGGCGACGACGCGCCGAACGCCGGCGACUGCUGUGAUCAGGCAAUAAAGCUACCUGUAUGAAUCUCUCAGCGGAUGCAAUGUCGUGUCGUGUUCGCCCCGCCUGGCUCCAAUCCGCUCUCACAGAUAUCGAGCAGAGAGUGAAGGCAAUCUCUCCAAUCUCCCAUACCGAGACACAGGAUGCGGACUCCUUCGGCACACGCGCCGAGAAUUACUACCAGAAACGGCCGCAGCUGUUCUCUCUCCUCCACGAUCUCCACAGCCGCUACCUCUACCUCGCCGAUCGCUACACCCAAGCUCUCCUUCCCAGCCAUCGCCGCCGCCACUCUGCCUCCGAGCUCUCCGACUUCGAGUCCGCCUCCUCCGACGCCGAGAGCUCCCUCUCCUUCGAUCGGCCUCCAGCCCCAACUCCCUCCCUCGACGUCUUAGGAGCCUUAGUUGUGGAGCUUGUGGCCACCGAAAUAGACCGGGAAAUCCUCCUCACCGAGCUCUGUGGGUCGGAUCGGGCUCGGGCCGAAUCAUCUCGUAAAGCGGAGCUGCAGGGCAGCCUCCUAGAGGUCUUGGAGGCGGAGCGACUAGUCCUGCUAGGCGAGAAUGCGCGGCUUGGCUAUGAGCUAACGGCCGCGACAGAGGAAGCGCGGCGCCUGGCUUUGGAGGCCAUGUUCACGCGCCAGAAGGCAGCAGAGCUCGCACGAUGCGUUGUUAAGAUUCGUGCGGACCACCGCGUUUGCUUGCUGGGGAGGAAGAUCGACGAGCUGCAGAAGCAGGUGUAUGGGCUGGAGAGGAGGAACAGGGAGUGCUAUGACGCGAUGGCGAAGAGGGAGGUGGAGAAGGUGGAGGUGAGGAUGGAGGUGGAGAGAUUGAGGGCGGAGAAUCAUAGGUUGGGAGAGAUGGUGGUGGGGAGGAGGAGAAAGGGGAAGGAGGUUGUGACGAGGUGGUGGGCAAGGCUGACGAGUUUGGAGUGGAUUAUCUCGCCUUGUGGGCCGGAGAUCAACUACAAGGGGGAGUAGUUUUCUUCUCCUUGUUGUUUUACUCUUUUGUAAAGUUUUGUUCUAUGUGGUGGUAUGGUUGUGGCGCAGAUGUUGUGACGCCAUUGUUGAUGAUUAGAGAAGAGAUUGUUAUAAAGUAUGUUUGUUGCAAUUUUUGUUUGUGAGAGAAAUGUUAAGAG